ACUCUCAAUUUCCAAUUUCUAAUGGCACAAACACAAACACAAAUCGAAAGAUCCUCUUCAAGCGUUAUUGACUCUUUGGGGGUUGAAAUUGUUAAAAUCGUGGCACCUGUUUCAAUUUGCAUGUUCCUUGUUGUAAUCUUGGUCUCAACUCUCGAUACCAACUAUUCCCUCGAAGCAUCAGUGGCAACCAUAGCAUACACCGAGACAACCUCUGACUCUUCCUGGGACAAAUUCCUAGGUGCCCUUUUGAACUCCUUGGCUUUCGUAGUUGUUGUCACUGUUGCAACCUUCGUUUUGGUCCUUCUAUUCUAUUUCAGAUGCACCAGGUUCUUGAAACUCUACAUGGCUUUCUCUGCUUUUGUUGUCUUGGGAUUCCUUGGUGGUGAAAUAUCAUUGUUCUUGAUUCAGCAUUUUAGUACCCCCGUUGAUUGCAUAACGUUUUUUCUGGUUUUGUGUAAUUUUGCUGUUGUCGGUGUUUUGGCCGUGUUUAUGUCAAAAAUGGCAAUUCUUGUGACCCAAGGGUACUUGGUUAUUAUUGGAAUAUUGGUUGCUUAUUGGUUUACUAUGUUGCCUGAGUGGACCACGUGGGCCAUGCUUGUUACUAUGGCGUUGUAUGAUCUUGCUGCUGUUUUGUUGCCUAUUGGGCCGUUGAGGCUUUUGGUGGAGCUUGCAAUAUCAAGAGAUGAAGAAAUUCCUGCAUUGGUUUAUGAGGCUAGGCCAGUGAACCAUGGUAAUUUGGAUCCAAGUGAUGCUGUUAUAACUCAGGGGCGUGUGUGGAGAGAUAGGAGGAUUGAGAAUUCAAAUCUUUUAACUGAUUCGGAUGUGAAUGCCAACUCUGUGUUGGGUCAAGGCCUCAAUGCUGAUUCACAUUCCAAUUCUGAUGCAAACAAUGUUUCGAGUUCAAAUCCGAUCAGCAACAACCCGGAUGACACGAAUUUGGUUAGGGAAAAUGCUUCUUCAAACUCAAAUUUGAAUUCUAGUACUUCUAAUGGCACCUAUAGUGACAGAAAUUUGGUAAGAGUUGAAGAGGGACUGGUUCAAGAAACUGAUUCAGGCCUUUCUGCUCCCUUGAUUAAUCACGGAAUGAAUGUUCAGCCCCAUGGAGCAGAACAUGCCAUGUCAAAUGAAAAUUUGAUGCUAGAGGGAAUUGGAUUGGGUUCAUCUGGCGCAAUCAAGUUAGGGCUCGGUGAUUUUAUCUUCUAUAGUGUUUUGGUUGGCAGGGCAGCAAUGUAUGAUUAUAUGACAGUGUAUGCUUGUUAUCUUGCGAUCAUUGCUGGCCUGGGCAUAACUUUGAUGCUUUUGGCUUUAUAUCAGAAAGCUUUGCCUGCUCUUCCUGUGUCAAUAGCACUGGGUGUGUUGUUUUAUUUCUUGACCAGGCUAUUACUUGAAAUAUUUGUAGUACAAUGUUCCUUAAAUCUCUUGAUGUUCUAAGGUUGGGAAUAAUAUUGCUUGAAUUUGGUACUUGGCUACAAAACAUAUUCCAUGACUAUGUAUAUUAGUUGAAAGUCUGGGCUUAAUGUCCCGUCUUUCGUUGUAGGGCUUUCAAGAA